UGGGACAGAGUGAGAUGGAAAAGGUCGAUCAGGGCAGAGAAGGGUCGCAAUCCAUCUCAUCCGACUGGCAAGAAGACGCGCGCAAGGCAGCGGAAGCAGGUGAUGAUGGACGAGGCGCGGGGACCCUGGAAAAGCGGUGGAGUGGGAUAUAAAGAGUGCCAGACUGGGCGGCGCCGGAUGUCGCGCGCCAGCAUCUCUGAUGGCUUGUGGCUCACUCGUGCAGAGCCACCGAUCAUCGCCCGCUAGCCGCUUCGCGUACCUUUUCAGUUUGUGCCUUUGGGGCCAUGCCGCUGCGGGGCUGACCCUGGAUCGCCGAUGGGAUGAACGCUGCCAGGGUUUGCCCGUUUGCCUUGUCUUGCCCGCUACUGAUCCCUGCCACGUCGUCGAGCUACGGCUACUUUCGCACAGCUACCUCCAUUCUUUUCAUGCCAUGUCUCAUCUCAGUCCGCGACAUCUCUCGCGCAGGGCGAGCAUACCAGGCCAUGAUUGCUCUGUGGCGGCGUUCGAUCGCGACGACCACGCCACACUCGUGCCAAAAUCCUACUGAAACCCGCGGUUCUCCACGCCGCUUUAGCGCUGCCUUUGCCAAUCGAGAUCUCACGGCUAUACACCCAUGAUAUUUCGAUCUUCCCGCUGUCCAGGACCCGCAUGACCUUGGAACUUCACCACCUGGCUAGUCAG